GGUGGUUGAAGGUUGAACAUGAGGUUAUUGAUGAUUUUAGGCUCAUUCCAUAUGCAAUUCGCAUUAUGCCGGUUUGUGUCUCUGCAGAUUGUGGGAAUCAUGAUACAGAGGUGAGUGAAGACAUUGAGAAGAACUUCACAGAACUGUUGUCAGAGGAAUUGAAGCUAAUGGAAGCUGAAGCCUUAGAGAAUCACCAGCAUGCUGACAUGGCAUUGCUCGAGGCAAAGAAGAUGGCAUCUCAGUAUCAAAAGGAGGCGGACAAGUGCAAUUCAGGGAUGGAGACUUGUGAAGAAGCGAGAGAAAAGGCUGAAGCUGCAUUAUUGGCACAGAAAAAACUGACUGCAACCUGGGAGAUGAGGGCUCGUCAAAGAGGGUGGAAAGAAGGCUCCACCAAGUCUCGUGCUCACUCUCAAUAUGUUCAGGCUGUGUAGGAAGGGUCACUAGGGAAAUAUAUUGGUACAGUCUCGAAGGGCAAUUUUCAUCCAUACAGCACACUAAUUUGGUAGUUAUGAAGAAUUUCCUAGUUGGGUUUGCACCUCGAAGAGGAGCAUUUUGGGAGAGAG